AUGCACUAUCAAGAUCCCUGUAUCGAUACCCUAGUAGACCCGCUGGAUGAGAAAUUUGAUGUUGUUUAUAAUCCCCAUUAUUUUCCUCCAGUAUCUUCGUCUCCUGCUGUUCAUCCGAUAGAUGCUCAUCCAGCUUCUAGUUUUAUUUUACUUGAGAAACUGAAGUCGGCUGUAAAUGAGGUACUUUAUUCUUUAAGCUCCGUGGGUAAUACGUACAACGUGAAUGAUUUCAUAUCGGUCACCGAAGAUUGCCUGAAGGAGCUUAAGAUUAUCAAGCUAGGACGCCGAAUUGACGCACGACGUGCCCAUAUACAAAAAAAUUCGAGUAUUUGUUCUCCUAUAAUGUUAGAUUUUCAGGAAGAUUUGCAUCGGGAAGAGUCGCCACAAAUUUCGACCCCAACGCACUCUCGGGGUGCGCUUAAAAGCCACAUCUCGGCGAUUAUGCGACAAAAGAAACAAUCCCCCAAUGCUUCACCCUUUGUAUCCGAUGAAAUCACCCGAGAUAAUAUCGAAGAUGCGCGACACGCAUCCGCCUUGCGAAACGAAGAGCGGCAGCGGCAGGCAGAGGAGCGUCGUCUCUAUCAUCUCAAUGAGAUUAGAAUGCGUUUAGAAGCUGCUGAAGCACGUGGUCAGCGUGCAAAAGCAAGGAGAGAAGCAGCAAAACAGCGACAGAGACUCGAAGCUAUGGAUCGACAGGAAAAUGCUGUUCGACGGGUUGAGGAAGCACGAAAGCAGACAGUUGAGCGCGCACAGCGAGCGCAUUCUCGUGUCGAUGAAGUCCGGCUUGCCAAUGAGCUACGCCACCAAACCAAAGUUCUCUUACUCGACAAAAAAAUGAGCGAAAUAGGGCAUAACCAGGAAGCUAAAAGAGAAGCCCAGGAACGUCGUGCACAGGAGCGGCGGGAAGCCAUGACGGCUGCCGCCAAGCGACGCAGGAACCUCAGUGAGGAAAGGGCGGAGAAACAGCAACAGCGGGAGCUGCAACGACAGGAAAUCCUACGACGUAUCGAAGAGCAAAAGAAAUUGGAAUCCGAAUUGAAGCAGCAAAAGGCAGAAGAGUGGGAAAAGAAAGUUCACCAGCGCCAAGAGGAAGCACAUGCUGAAAUGGAAGCUUUGAGUCGCAAAGCCGAAGAAAAGUUUCAGCAAAGUCAGCAGGUUUUGGAAGAACAACGUGAAAAGAGGAGACAAAAGUUGGAGAGGGAAGGCCAAAAGCAGCGUGAAGCCAAGAGCAGGCGUGAUCGUGAAGGGGAGUUGAGAACGACGGUGCAAGAGACAAUGGCGCUCCUUUGUGUCCAAAAAGAGGAGGAGAUGUCAUCUCGCAUAGCCAAGCUUGCCUCAUCCUCUUCACGACAAGGGAAAGCCUUUUCCGAUAAUUAUCAAAAAGGGUGUCUCGUUUCCACCAAGGAUCUUAACCGGAGUAGGCUUCGCGUCGCCUUUAGUCGACUCUCCACGUUCACGAAUUCCAUCUCCGUGGUGCAAUGUAAGCAGGUGUUGCACGACAUCACCGCAUCAGAUUUGGGCAGUAUUGACUAUGAAUUCAUUCGAUACUUUAAUUCAUUUGAGAUAAUUGUCAAACUCAUUGCCAAUGCAAGAAAGGCGCGUGACGUGGUUGUAAUGCAGCAAGCCUCCAGACUGCUACGACGGUUGCUUGUGGAUGAAAUAGAAGGCAAGCCAAAUGUGAUAUAUUUCCUGAAGAGUGGUGAUUUGGUGCCCUUGUUGCUGGAAUCAUGGGAAGAAGUGGCGUUUUUGCGCCAACGUAUCAAUCCUAGUGCCAAUGGUAAUAUUAUUCUGGAAAUUUUAGAAGUUGUAGAUGUGUGCCUUGAGCAAGUUUGCUUUGAUAACCAGCCUAAAAUAGCUCCCGUGCGUGAUCAAAUGUUAUAUGAGUUGGAUGUAACGGGCAUAGAUCGCAUUUGCUUUUCAAUUAUCAAAACACCCCCUGCAGAGGCGCAACUCACAUACUGUGCACUGCGCGUUUUGAAUGCAGAGUUAAAUGUUUUUUCUCGGUACCGUAAUGAAUCUCGGACGCUUUGGUUUCAGAAUGCCACUGCUUCCUUUUUCUCACUCCUUCAGAACACGGUACUUGCGGAUAAAAUUUCCUCUCAGCCUGGGCGAUCGUUCAGUGGCGCUCAGGUUGUUGUGUUGUUCGGUGUUUUCCGUACACUUAACAUGCUCGCACGGUGGCAGCUCUCUACCUUUCAGGACUUGCUGUCUGAGGCCAUCGCCUCAGGUGCUGUCGCGUCGCAGAGUGCUGCCACUGCAGCCGGUGAAUCGAGUAGUGGGACCCCCACAAAGGACAACGCACCUAUCACCGAUUCGGAUCGGCCUCUGCAAAUUACCAGGAUGGAGCUUUUUCAUGUUCUUAAUAGCUUUUUUGCUUACAUUCAGGAGCACGUGGAGGAUCUCGAGGCGAUACCCUCACACGUGGGUCCGUCUACGCCAAGGAACAGUAAAACCUCUUCGUAUGAAGACGCACUGAGGGUUGGCAUCACCCUAGCACAUUUACCUAGAUACCCAUUUUCGUCUUUAGCAUCCCGAGAUCCUAAUGAUCCUAUUGCUGAAGAAUACAAACCGGGUGGAAAGAUGUACCCGCUUCGAGCAGCUUUACAUGAAUGCAUUUUGUUGGUUGGCUAUCUCUGUUUGGAUAAUCCUUUUUUGCAGGAAAUGAUCUCAUGGGGCAAGGGGAAGACCUUAAUAGGAAGUAUCCUGAGCUUUCUCCCGAUUCACUACUUUUCUAGCGCUCGGCACAUCUUGUUUCCCACCAUUUUAUGUGCGAUAUGCGAAAACAAUCAAAUUAUCAAAUUUAUUCAGGACGAAAUGGAACUGAAGGCAUUGCACUCUUUUCUUUUGCAGGAAUAUGAAAAUCUUAGCAAAAAAGCGAAAUCCUACGCCCAAGCAUACUCGCAUAAGUUAGAAGCGUAUCGCUCAAAGUUGGACACUCAGCGAUCUGGUUUGAUUACUUUGGCUAAAACAAAGGGCAAGUGUUCGUCUGAGAUAGUGAAUGAAGAUGACGAUGUUUUAAAUUCUACGUCACACUCGACCAGCAUAGAGGAAACAACACCCAUGCUUGAAAAAGAGAAGCUUUGCAAAGUCCUAAAGGCAAGUGGCGUUCUAUCUGAUCUGAGCUUUUACCGUAUUGAGCGUCGAUUACCGAUUUCAUAUUGGCCAGGUAUUUUGAAUCAACUUGAACAAUUUCUUGAUUAG